CGCCAUACUGUAUGGGGAAUGAUCUUUGGAAUGGGUCUAUUAUACACUGCAUUGUUUUCAAGCAAUCAGCACUUCGUUCAAAGAUAUCUUACUCUAGACACUAAAAUUAAGGCACAAGGGUCUUUGUAUAUCAACGUCGUAUUGUCGUCGAUACAUAUUAGUGUUUGUUCUUUGGUUGGAGUCGUGAUGUUUGCAUCAUAUGCUUCCUGUGAUCUGAUGAAACUUGGACAUGUGGAUAUUCCAGACAAGAUGAUUGGUUAUUUUGUCAUGGAUUUGUUUGGCUCUGUGAAAGGAAUGCCUGGGCUAUUUAUUGUAACAGUGACUGCAGCAGCCAUGAGCACGAUGUCAUCUGGACAGAACUCUCUCGCUGCUGUGUAUUUAGAAGAUGUGACGAAACCUAUUUAUACAGCAGUACAUAAGAAACCCAUGACAGAAAGAUUUGCAACAAACAUAACUAAAUGUUUUGGUAUAUUCUUCGGAUUAGCAACCAUAGCAGUGGCCUUUCUACUAGCAGAGGCGAAGGACACACUUGUAAUUAUUGCAUGGAAACUGUUAGGUAUUCUCGGGGGACCUCUCUUUGGAAUGUUCACAAUAGGAAUAACAUGUCCUCGUGCCAAUGCUUUGGGUGCAGCUGCGGGGCUUGUCUCAAGUCUUGGAAUUCUCAUUUGGAUCAAUGCUGGAGUUCUGAUGUUUAAGAUUCGACCAGACAACUUGCCGACUGAUAUUUCGGGCUGUAUCGUGAAUACAUCUGAAUAUCACAACAAAAUGACUGCAUCGGCGUUUUUUAAUACUACCCCACAAGAAUACUUCAACAUGACACCGACAGUUCAUCCUUUCGAGUUAAACACAUCGUUCUCAAAUGCUACAGUUGGAGCACUUACAAAUGGCCUGCCUGAAUUGGACUAUGAGUCUGGUAUAUUCUACCUGUAUAAUGUAUCGUAUGUUUGGUAUACGCUAAUUGCGUUGAUUGUCACGUUUGCUGUUGGUCUUCCUGUAAGC